AACAACUUGAUGGAAAGCACGUCACAGUUAGUGCCCUCCCACAAGAUAUACGACGCCGAUUCUUCUACUCACUCUAUUCUCUAUACAUAUGUACAACACAAUGCAAUCCAAUUCAUUCAUUCAUUCCAACCACACAAGGUUAAGCAAAAACAUAAAUAAUGGGAGCGCACAUUCUCUUCACAGCCGCAGCAGCACUGCUACUCCUGGCCGGCUCCGCCACGGAGUGCGACAUCUUCCACGUCACCGGAAGCGUGCUCUGCCAGGAGUGCGGCGAGGGGUGGAAUGAAUGGGUCAAUGGCGCCAACCCUAUCCAAGGGUCCAAAGUGUCGGUCACGUGCUUGGACGAGAGGAGCAGGGUGGUGCAAUAUGCCAGUGACUUAACUGACGAAGCCGGAAACUUCGACAUCGCUUGUAAUAAAUACGUAAAUGGAAAGAAGUUGAACCCGCAAAACUGCUACGUGAGGCUUGUGUCGUCGCCGGACCCCAUCUGCAAUGUGGCAACCAACUUCGCCGGUGGCAAGACCGGGGUCAAGCUGCACCGCCCCAGUGUUGUGUAUAGGGACAUUCUUAAAUACGCGCUUGGCUCGUUCUACUACACGACUCCCAUGUGCGAUGACCCCGAUACAAAUGAUCAAGACGAUUCUGAACAGAACAACUACUAGAUCUUUUUCCUAUUUUAACCAUCUUAUUAUGCUUUACUAAUGUAUUUAAUCAUGUUUUUUCUUUUCAAAUCAUGAUCUUCUUCUCAUACUACUAAUAAUCUUAUUCUAAAUAACAAAGCCUAAGAGACAAGUCCAAUUCGGCAGAUUACAGAAAGCAAGGAAAACAAAAUGGCAUACCUUUUAAUAAGUAAGCUUCAUAUCUCAGCAGUAGCAUGCUACGAACACUAACUUACUACACACAAAAUAGAGUGGAGCAUGAGAAUCCAUAUGCUCAUUUAUAAGCACAACAAGUGAAAAGUAAAGAUCUGCCACUUUCAAGAACAGGAGGGACUAAUAAAACUCAAGGAAAUCAGAAACAGAAAUAGAUAGGCUCUAAAACUAACUACCUAUUGAAGAGAUUUCAGAAGAAAACAUCACAUGAUUAAAUGCAAAAUAGCAAACAGUAUUAUAAUUUUCAAGGUGAUAGCAACAUACACAGAGUAAAAUUCUAAGCACGAGAUGUGAUGCUUCAAUUGUAAAAAAUACUACCUUGCGAUUGCCAGCGUUCUAUACUCUAGCUAAUUAAAUGAAAAUUUGAGCAGCAUAGUUAAAUACAUAUAGAAUUUGGCAUUAGAAAAAA